AUGAAAAAUGACCGACCUGACCAUGAAUUUUGGAAUGCCUUCAUCCACGGCACUCUGCUUCCAUGGCGUCACAGGGACUACGUUCGGGCUGCCUACAUGACCAUUCUUCUCCACGAAAAUAGAGAUCGCGGUCUCCUCGAGAUAGCCAGCGACUUCGCCGCCAACAUGCUUUCGUUGAAGCAGCGGGCGUCCCGGUUGAACCAUCAGCCUGAGUCACGAACAGAAACUGUUUUUUGGCUCUAUCAAAUCAAAUCGGCUAUUGAGGCUGCGCAAGGAUCUUCAACUGAUGACAAGCACUUCACACCGCCCUCGUUCGACAUGGUGCUCGCUAAAGGCCCGGAACUCCUUGACCGCAAGCUGAUCGACCAGUACUACAGCGUGUAUCUUCAGAACAUGUGCUAUACUCAUCGGUAUUAUGUUUCACCCAAUCUCAAGCCUCUUGAGCCACCCAGAAAAGCUCCAAGGUCUUUUUUUGGGUUCGGCAACAACUCUGCGCCGGAACCUUUUGAGCACGAGCGCUAUCUCAACAUGGCCUUUGCCAUUGUCCAGCGGUAUCUGCGCGAGGGUGAAACCCGACGAAGAAGCUGGUUCAUCGAGCGAGGGUUUGAUGCCCUGCGUCAACAGUUCAUGCGUAUGAGGGCGCCAGUGGACGCUCGCACUGGGGUCUUUGCUGAAAAGCCAUCUUCGGGUUUGGAACCAUUUUCAGAAACAAAAGCCUACUUUUAUGUCCAGCUUGUUCACAUUGCCCUCACCAAGCUCACCACUGGUGGUCACCAUGACAUGGUUCAAAGAAUGCGGUAUCAAACGUUCAAACGACUCUUCGGCAUCGAACCCAACAUCUGGAAGAAACACUACAGCGCGAAACGAUGGACGAGUUUCAAAGCCCUCGGGGGUUUCCAGCCACCUGAUCUCAAGCCCCUCCCGGAUACCAUUGGCGCUUCGUACAACAAGGGCAGCAGCAUUUUCCUUACCGCUUUAGGAGGCUCUGGUGGCCCUUCCGAUAUCAAGGAAUCCGUCAAACCCAAACCCUGGGACGACUUGUUUCUCAAAGAAGGCCUCGAACCCGAACUCCCCCUCGCAGAGGUCAUCGCCUUCCACCGCUCCAUCCUCCUCGAAGACGCCAAAUCCAUCGACCCCACCGCCCGGGGAGCCCCGUGGCACGUCUCACCACCGCCCACUUGCUCAAAUACAUCUACACCACCAUCCUUACCGCCAACUCCAUCCCCAAAAUCCCCGCACGCUCAACAAACUUCUUCUUCACCAUCCUCCAUCACACUUCCCUUCCCAAAACCCUACCUAAUCUUCUACCUAAACUACCUC